AUUAUUGGACUAUUUUGCCUGCUGGAAUUACUACUCUAUGGAUUUAUGAUACUUGUUCCUGAGCCUCACUGGGAUCUUAGGUGGAGAUUGGCUGUGGAAUAUCAGCUCUCCGCUACAUUGGUUGGCAGCGCUGGGAUCCAGACUCACAGAGGAACAAGGAUUAAUGGAGAUUGAUUACUCCACUUUAAAACGAUCCACACUUAAAGAUCUUCUGGAAGCAAGAGGUAUUUCAGCCAGCAACAAAACAAAGGCAACACUUAUCUCUGAAAUAAUGGCAGAAAUCCGAACAGAGGAUGAUUCGGUCACUGCACAGAGGGACGAGACAGACGGAACAGAGCAAGCAGAGUUCCAAAGGCACCUCUUAUUCAGAUUGUCAUUUUAUGGGGAGAACCCACCAGUGGAAAUUAUCUCCAAGACAAUGACAGAGGUUCAAGAAUUUAUAACGCGGCAAAGGAGACCACAAACACCAAGCCCAGCAGUGUCUAUGGUGCAAGAGGGUAAGCCAAAAAUUCCAUACCAGGCAUUUAAAAUGUAUGUAGAAGCGGAGGAAGAUAUAGAUGCAUUCCUCCAAGACUUUGAAAGACUAUGCACGUUACAUAAAAUACAUAUGGAAGAUUGGGUACCCAUCUUAGCAGGACGGUUAACUGGGAGGGCAGCUGAAGCCUACCGUACGAUACCAGAUACGGAAAUUAGGAAUUACAGCCGUGUCAAAGAGGUUAUCCUGGCCCGAUAUGCUAUGACACCAGAGGCAUACCGGAGACGGUUCAGGGAAUUGAAAAAAGCUGAAAAAGACUUGCAUGCAGAAUGGGCUUGCCGUUUACAAAGGGCAGCCCUCGGAUGGGUACAGGCGAACCAGGCACAGUCCAUGGAGGACCUAUUACAAAUGCUGCUGCUAGAACAGUUCUAUGAUGGGAUACCCGCAGACCUGCAGGAAUGGGUGAGAGACCGUAACCCCACGUCUAUCACAGAAGCAGCUAAAAAGGCCGAUGACUAUAUGGAUGCCCGCAGGCAGCACAAGCUUGUGGGUGUUAAACCAGCUGUGCGACCUCUAGGGGGAAACCAAUUUUCAGCUAGCACCAACACACCACUGAGACCGCUACCCCCACCAGCUCCUACAGCGGCUCAACCGAGGUUUCGCCCACCCUCCUCUGUGCAAUGCCACCAGUGCCAGAGGUGGGGACACUACAAGCGGAAAUGCCUGGAGCUUAGAGACCGAUCCACCUCGAUUCGACCAGGACCACCACCGAGAGCAGCAGCACACCACUAUCAGGAGGAGACACCCACCGCUUAUGGCUCUGCAGUUCCAGUCACCACUAUAGAACAGUGGGAAGUACUCCACGAAGCCAACCCACUACAAGCACAGGCGGAUAAUCGGCAGCACCACAGGCAAACAGUAUACCUGGAGGGGAAACCUUUGCAGGGACUCAGAGAUUCGGGAGCAACCAUAACCUUGGUCCAAAGCCACUUGGUCGCGGACAAAGCUAAAACCAAUAAGACUGUGGCUGUCAGGGUUGCUGGGGGAGCCGUAUAUCGGCUGAAUACAGCAAGGGUUCAUUUGCAUUGGGGUGCGGGGUCAGGGACUGUGGAGGUGGGGUUGAUGCCCCAAUUACCCGCAGAGGUGAUACUGGGAAAUGACCUGGGAAAGCUCACAUCUGCAUUUGAGCCACAAACCACAACCACUGAGGAAGCACAUCCAGUGGUCACCAGGCAACAGGCCCGCACCCAGGACUACAACACACUGCCGGAGGUCCAGACGCUUCUAUGUUUGGAUUGGGGGCAGUGCUGAGCCAAGUUGGGGCCGAUGGCGGAGAACACCCCGUGGCUUACAUCAGUCGCAAACUGUUACCCAGAGAAGUAAGCUACGCCGCCAUCGAGAAGGAAUGCCUGGCUGUGGUGUGGGCCCUAAAGAAGUUACAGCCGUAUUUAUAUGGACAGGCUUUUUCCCUGCUCACGGAUCACAACCUGUUAGUAUGGCUGAACCGGGUGGCUGGGGACAAUGCCAGGCUGCUGCGCUGGAGUUUGGCGCUGCAGCCUUUUGACUUUAAUAUUCAGUACCGCCCGGGCAAACAAAAUGGAAACGCUGACGGGUUGUCGAGACAAACUGAUUUGGAGAAAUGAUCCGUGAGCACCCCGGACAUCCCCAAGCCGAUCCGUGCUGGAUCAGACUGUGUAUGCCGGCUUGUGGGCAAGGGGGAGCAGUGUAGCGGAUUGUAUUUAGCCUGGCCUGUUUGGAUCAUGUAGGACGACAUUCGG